CACCUAUAUGAGCCGUAAAGCUCUAUCUCAUUGGAGAUAAACUUGAAAACAAAAUCUACGUUUUCCGUAGACGUAAGAGUAGUUCGGUAUCAGUAGCAUGCUCUACAAACUGUGCACCGGAUAUAAAACCUCCAGGCUCCAUGCUCCGACCUCCAAUGGUGGCGAAAAAGUCUCAACCUUUACGUAACCCUUAGCAAGUUUAUCUUGUCUUCUUACACAAAUUUCUAAUAAAUUGGGAUUGUAAAGGAACAAUUUCGGAUAAGAUGGACUGUAAAAUUGGGAUUGGAAAUUGGUUUAAAUGUUUGGUUAGGAGAAAACAGAUUGAUUCUUCUUCUUCUUCUUCUUCCAUGAAUGGGCAACCACAACUCGCCAGAGCAUUAUCUGUUCCUCAUAUUACUGCUAUUGGAAUAGGCACAACUAUCGGAGCUGGAGUUUAUAUUCUAAUCGGAACAGUCGCCAGAGAAUGUACAGGACCAGCUCUUACUCUGUCCUUCCUGUUUGCUGGUGUAGUAGCAGCUCUCUCUGCAUUUUGUUAUGCCGAGCUUGCUAGUAGGUGUCCAUCUGCUGGCAGUGCCUAUCAUUACUCUUAUGUUUGUGUUGGAGAAGGUGUAGCAUGGUUGAUUGGAUGGUCUUUGAUGCUAGAGUACACAAUUGGGGGAUCUGCAAUUGCGCGUGGCAUAUCUCCAAAUCUGGUCUUGCUACUUGGAAGUAGUGAUAGCAUGCCUACAUUUCUAAGCCGUCAAUAUAUUCCUGCUCUUGAUGUUAUUAUUGACCCUUGUGCGGCACUCCUUGUAUUAAUUGUCACUAUGCUUUUGUGUCUUGGAAUCAAAGAGAGUGCAUUAGCGCAAGCAGUUGUGACGUCUGGAAAUGUAUUUGCUAUGCUUUUUAUUAUUAUAGCCGGAGGAUACCUAGGUUUCAAAACUGGAUGGGCUGGCUAUGAGCUUCCUAAAGGGUACUUACCCUUUGGCAUAAAUGGUAUCUUAGCUGGAUCUGCUACUGUUUUUUUCUCUUACAUUGGUUUUGAUGCUGUUGCAAGUGCAGCAGAAGAGGUGAAGAAUCCAAAACGAGAUUUACCAUUGGGUAUAGCUUUUUCAUUGUUAAUAUGCUGUACAUUGUACAUGCUAGUUUCUGUUGUUGUUGUUGGUCUGAUACCAUAUUAUGAACUUGACCCGGACACUCCUAUUUCUUCUGCUUUUUCUAGCCAAGGGAUGCAUUGGGCAGCGUAUAUAAUCACUAUUGGUGCAUCGACAGCGUUGUGUGCUUCUCUGUUAGGUUCAUUUCUUCCACAGCCUCGAGUCCUCAUGGCGAUGGCUAGAGAUGGCUUGCUACCCUCUUUUUUCUCAGACAUUAAUCCACAUACACUCGUUCCAGUGAAGAGUACAAUUGUCACCGGAGCUUUGGCUGCAGUUAUAGCCUUCUUCAUGGAUGUUUCACAGCUGGCAGGAAUGGUUAGUGUAGGGACUCUUUUGUCGUUCACCAUUGUUGCCAUAUCUAUUCUGAUAAUCAGAUAUGUUCCACCGGAUGAAGUUCCGCUUCCAUCAUCUCUUCAAGUGCCAGCAUUUGUGGGUUCAUUAGAGUGUACGGAUAUUGUUGAGGAGGUUGAUGGGGAAAAUAGUGAAAAGCAUGUCGGCACCUCCAGGGAUGAGAUACAACCUCUACUUUGCUAUGGGAACUUAGACGCUGGACAUCCUUUGAUCAUAAAGCAAUCAACUGAAUGCAGAACUGCCUCACAUGAUGAUAAGAGGCGAAAAAUUGCUGGCUGGACCAUAUUGCUCACAUGUAUUGGGGCAUUUCUCCUCUCUAUGGCAGCUUCAUAUGUGGGGCUUCCCAGUAUCCCUCGAUUCACAUUAUGUGCUGUAGGCGCUGCUCUUCUUAUAUCUAGUUUGGUAGUUCUCUCUUGCAUCAAUCAAGAUGAGGCAAGGCACAGUUUUGGCCAUGCUGGAGGCUUCCUUUGUCCGUUAAUUCCUCUUGUACCCGUCGCUUCCAUUUUCUUCAACACAUACUUGCUGGUGAAUCUUGGUGUUGCAACUUGGGUGCGAGUGCUUGUAUGGUUGAUAAUCGGAGUGGUUAUAUAUGCGUUAUACGGGAGAAACCAUAGUUCACUCCGAGGUGCGGUUUAUGUGCCUGCAAAGAACGCAGAUAUGAUCUUCCGCAGUUUGUGCUGUCAAGCCUAAGCUUAAGUGCUAACCCAUUCACCCUAUUCAUUAUCUGUAGAUAGUUGCUGAAUUGUUUUCUAUAUCAUGUUCUUAUUCCUUCUAACAAUAUGAAAUUUAGUGCACAAUUCGAUUUAAGACAUUCUUAAAGUUACCAAUUUCUGACUUCUUCAAUUUUUGAAACUUUUUUGCUUUUGUGUGUUUGUGAAUUUUAUUUAUGGAGAAGUUCCUAAGUACACGAGAACGAACCAGAAUACGAGAAUUAUUUUUUUUUAUUUUAUUAUUCUAUUGUCACUUUAGAGGUCUUUCACGGGCCAGAGAUCUAUUUUUAGCCCUAAUUCGAUCCAGUUUUUAGAAGGGUUAAGAUAGGGAAAAUUUUGAAGAAACUGAGCUUAUUUUAAAAAAAUUUCUAAAAUAAGUUUCAGAUAUUUUAAUUCCUAAAAUAAGCAUCUUUUAGUCCAAACUUAAGGUUUGAAUUAUGUUUGCUGUUAGUAACAGUGAACAAACAAUAAUGGCAAACAAAAAGUCAAAUGGUCAAUGCCCCUUUGUUCGUUGUUAGUAACAGUGAACAAAUAAUGGUGACUUUUUUUACUUUUCUUCUAGAUACUGAAAUAGUUGUUAUGCAUGGUCAAACUAGUCGUUUUAUUGUUCGUUGCUAGUAAUAGCGAACAAUUGUUCUAUAAACCACAAUAAAUUGUAUAGUUU